AAACAGCAGAUAAUGACUCAGUUGGUGAAGUCAGAGCAUGUAAGACAUGCAGAAAUGCUGUAUUCAGGAGAAAGGAAUAUAAUGAAGAAAUAUCAAAGACUCCACCAGUCGUCAUGUUGUAUCAGAAAUUAAUGAAAAUCAAGACCGCAAUUGAUGCUACAUUACCAAAGUUCCAGGACAUGCUUAUCAUGUUAAAGAGUCAAGAAAUAAUUAAUCAAACACAUGCAGAUUAUCAGCUCGCAGCACGAACGCGUAAAGAACUUUUGGAAAAUUUCGCGCAAUUUGAUGCGAUUAGUAAAAAAGUUAAUUCAUUACUUGCGCAUUCUAAAACUGAAAAACGAUUACAAGCCAAUAUUCAUUUAGCAGCUAAUCAAUAUCUUCAACAAAAUAUGUUACCCCUUCAAGUUUUACCAAAACUUCUUAAGAAAGAUCAUCAUGAUAAUGAACCUUAUUAUGAAGAUUACCAUGAAUCUUCACCAGAUAUGCUUCUUUCAGUAAUCGAAAAUGGUAGAACUCGAACUAUUUCUACAUCUUCUACUAAGUCUUUAAAAGGUGAAGAAAAGAUUAGACAACAAUUAUCAGUACUUUUGGAACAAGAAAAAUUGGUUCAAGGUUAUAUCGUAGAAGCGACCAAACAACGUAAAUUUGAUGACGUAAAAACUUUAAAGACUGCAUUAGAUGAAUUAAAAGUUGAAAUCAACAAGACAAGAAAAGAACUUGGCGAUUUAUGGCCAUAA